GUCAUGGCCAACGUGCGGGAGCGCCAGCGCACGCAGUCGCUGAACGAGGCGUUCGCCGCGCUGCGGAAGAUCAUCCCCACGCUGCCCUCGGACAAGCUGAGCAAGAUCCAGACCCUCAAGCUGGCGGCCAGGUACAUCGACUUCCUCUAUCAGGUCCUCCAGAGCGACGAGCUGGACUCCAAGAUGGCAAGCUGCAGCUAUGUGGCCCACGAGCGGCUCAGCUACGCCUUCUCGGUCUGGAGGAUGGAGGGGGCCUGGUCCAUGUCCGCGUCCCACUAGCAAGCGGAGCUCCCCACCCCUUGGCAGGCCGGAGACCUAGAUGUCAUUGUUUCCAGAGAAGGAGAACAUGGACAGUCUAGAGACUCUCGAGCUGGAUAACUAAAAAUAGAUCCAUAUGCCAAAGAUUUUUCUUGGAAAUUAGAAGAGCAGAACCCAAAUCCAAAGAAACAGGGCGUGGGGCGCACUUUUAAAAGACAGAGCGAGACAGGCCCGUGGACAGUGAUUUGCAGACGGGCAGCGGCACCAUCCUCACACCUCGACAUUCUGAUAGAAGUCUGAACAGUUGUUCGCGUUCCUUUUUGUUUUGUUUUGUUUUUUGACGAAGAAUGUUUCUAUCUUUAUUUUUUCACGCAUGCAUUCUCAAGAGGUCGUGCCAAUCAGCCAUGAAAGGAAAGGCAUCAUUAUGGAUUUUCUCCAUUUUAAGAUGGUAAUAACCAGAGGAAUUUUAAGAAUAACUUUAAAAAUAAAAAUACUUGGAUCAAACUGGCCUUCAAAAUCAUAGUCAGUUAAAUCACUUUUUAUUCUUCCUCUGAGGGAAAAGAAACUUAAACUACAAAAAACAACAUUCUAUUUAUUUAUUGAUGACCCAUGGUAAA